UUUUCCCUGGGCGGGAACAGGAAAAUGGCGCCAGAGCUAGUGGCGGGCUGAGGACGCUGGCUCCCCUGGAAGACGCUCCUGCGGUCCCCGGGCCGCCGCGGCCCCUCCCGGACAUGGAGGACGUGGAGGCGCGCUUCGCCCACCUGCUGCAGCCCAUCCGCGACCUCACUAAGAACUGGGAGGUGGACGUGGCGGCCCAGCUGGGCGAGUAUCUGGAGGAGCUGGACCAAAUCUGCAUCUCUUUUGACGAAGGGAAAACCACAAUGAACUUCAUUGAGGCAGCGCUGUUGAUCCAGGGGUCUGCCUGUGUCUACAGUAAGAAGGUGGAGUACCUCUACUCGCUGGUCUACCAGGCUCUCGACUUCAUCUCUGGCAAGAAGCGGGACAAGCAGCUCUCCUCGGUGCGGGAAAAUGGGGCCAGGGGAGACACCAGCUCCAUGGCUGCCCAGGAGGUGGAGGACCAGUUCCUGUCGCUGGAUGACCUCCCUGACUCGCGUGCUAAUGUGGAUCUGAGGACUGACCUGCCCCUCCGUGAGGUCCUCAUUGUCCCUCUCCUGCCCAUGGCCCUCGUGGCCCCUCAUGAGAUGGAGAAGAACGUCAGCCCGCUGUACAGCUGUCAGGGGGAGGUCCUAGCCAGCCGGAAGGAUUUCAGGAUGAAUACAUGCACCCCCCACCCCAGGGGAGCCUUCAUGUUGGAGCCAGUCGGCAUCUCCCCAGUGGAGACCCUGCUGCCGAGGAACCGGAAGGAGGCUGAGAGGGCUGAAGAGCAGCCAAUGGAAGUUGCUGCGUGCGGUCCUGUCCCUGUGCUCGGUGUCUCCCCGGAGUCCAGUGCCUCUCCAGAAGGCCCAAUGCCUGAAGGUGGUGGUGAGGAUGAGGGCGCAGAGGAGGCAGCAGAGCUCCCUGAGGCCACAGCCCCCGAGGCCCCUCAGGAGCCCCCGGAAGCCAGGAGCCCGCAGCAGAGCGCUGCCCAGCCUGGUCGGUGUGUGCUACAGGAGCGACAGCAGCCAGCGUCCCUGGUGAAGGAGACUCCAGACCCCUGGCAGAGCCUGGACCCCUUUGACUCCCUGGACUCUAAGCCUUUCAAGAAAGGUAGGCCUUUCUCCGUGCCCCCCUGCGUGGAGGAGGUUCCAGGACAGAAGCGCAAGAGGAAGGGUGCCGCCAAGCUGCAGGACUUCCACCAGUGGUACCUGGCUGCCUAUGCUGACCACGCCGACAGCAGGAGGCCCCGGCGAAAGGGCCCGUCCUUUGCAGACAUGGAGGUCCUGUACUGGAAGCAUGUGAAGGAGCAGUUGGAGACUCUCCGGAAGCUGCAGAGGAGGGAGAUGACUGAGCGGUGGCUGCCGAGGCCGGAGGAAGGGCUGUGGCCUGUGGAGGACCAGCUGGAGGAUUCUCUGGAGGAUCUCGGGACGGCAGCAGAUGACUUUCUCGAGCCUGAGGAGUAUGCAGAGCCUCAGGAGGCAAAGCCUGGGGAAGCUGCUGACCUGGAGGCAGAGGCCAUGCCAGCAUCCCUGAGCUAUGAGGAGCUGGUCCGAAGGAAUGUGGAGCUCUUCAUCGCCACCUCUCAGAAGUUUGUCCAGGAGACAGAGCUGAGCCAGCGCAUCAGGGACUGGGAGGAUACUCUCCAGCCCCUGCUCCAAGAGCAGGAACAGCACGUGCCCUUUGACAUCCAUACUUACGGGGACCAGGUAGUGUCCAGGUUCAGCCAGCUCAACCAGUGGUGUCCCUUUGCGGAGCUCGUAGCUGGCCAGCCUGCCUUCGAGGUGUGUCGCUCAAUGCUGGCGUCCCUGCAGCUGGCCAACGACCACACGGUGGAGAUCACCCAGCAGCCGGGGCUGGAGGCGGCCGUGGACACCAUGUCCCUGAGACUGCUCACACACCAACGGGCCCACAAGCGCUUCCAGACCUACGCUGCCCCCUCCAUGGCCCAGCCCUGAGUGCGGAGCUUUGAGCCUGACGGGUGGGCUCUGGAGGUCCAUCCCUCCUGGGUGCUGGGCACGCAAUUGGCUCACUCUACCCUUGUUUCCUGGCUGGCCCAGCCGAAUAAAAUGGUGUUGCCAUCCCACCUAA